CGAAGAAAUCGAAGUUACCGUAGCAACACUAUAUAGCUACAAACGCGGAUUACUUUGACUUGUAACGGACGUCAGGAAUUAAUGUGUCUAUCAAUGUCUCUUAAAUACUUUAUGAUGGGAAAAUUAUAUAGGUCGGUGGCCUUAUCAAUCUCGACUACACAGUUUUAUGUUCGGAUCAGUAUUAUGGACUUUAUUUAUCAUUCAAGUUAUCCCACAAAUAAUUGCGGCGGUUGUUAAUUCCGAUGAUAAAGAACUGCUGUUGGAAUCAUUAACACCAUUCAUAACAGAUUUGGUAUAUAUUGCCAAAUAUUUAAAUACUAUCAAAAAAGCAAAAAUGAUGCGGACGCUCUUCGAAAAAAUUAAAGAAGAUUGGAAAAUACCUAAAAAUAAUGACGAAAAAUUAGUCCUAGAAUCUCAUCUAAAAAUGGGACGAUAUUUGUCAAUUGGUUAUACAGGAUUUUUAAACGUGGGAAUAUUUAUAUAUAUAACGGAUCCAGUUUUACCAAUAAUCGUAAAUAUUAUUUCAAAAUCAAAUGAUUCCGUGCCAUUAAAGUUCUGUGUCCCAAUGCAAUUUAUUAUAUUUGAUGAAGAAAAAUAUUAUUGGUUACUAUCGAGUUUCUCAAAUAUUUGCGUAUUUGUUAUAGUUAACGUUAUUAUUUGCUGUGAUGUUAUUUUUAUCACCUUUGUACAACACGUCUGCGGAAUAUUUGCAGUCGUUGGAUUCCGAUUGGAACAUUCACCGAGGGAUACCAACCCCCACGAUUUGCUGGGAGAAACAAGAUUUAGCAUGAACUCACAAGAUAUUUAUUAUAAACAUUUUGUAUCCUGCAUUAGAGAUCACAGACGAGCUCUAGAAUUCGCUGAACUCCUCGAAUCGACAUUUACCAUAUCGUUUGGAAUAGUGGUUGGACUAAAUUUACCACUAAUGAGUAUUACCGGAGUCCAGCUUUUAACGCAAUCGGAUUCAAUGGCAACCACUGUGAAAUAUAUUAUGUUCACUGGAGGACAAAUACUACACCUUUUUUUUGACUGCUACAUGUCACAAAAAUUGACGGAUAUGAGCUCCCAAAUUCAGCACUCUAUAGCUAGAGCAAAUUGGUACGAAAAUUCAGCAAAAUCAAGAAAAUUGUUGAUUUUGAUGACACUGAGAAGUCAAGUUCCUUGUAAACUGACUGCAGGAAAGGUUAUGGAACUGUCUAUCGAAAAUUUUGGAAUGAUGAUGAAAACGGCUGGAUCAUAUUUUACUGUUUUUCUGUCAAUGCGUUAAAUCGCAAUAAGGCUGCCAUGUUCCGACACAAAGCACCUUCAAAUCCAUUUACUCUCCAAAGGAAAAGAACAUUUGUUGUGUUAACGCUAACAAUUAAGGAUAUUCUUCUGAAUGUAAAUAUAAAAUACAUAAUUAUUGAAAAUGAUUAAGACUUUUCUAUUGUACUAUCAGAGCUCAAGAAGCUCAAAAACAGCGGAAAGUUUUGGAGCUUACAGGGUUAACCGUUAUCAAGAUUUUCCCUCUUAUCCAGAGAUAUUCACUUCAUGACGACUAUAAGUAUUUCAUCGUGUCAUUUUUAUACAUUUGUAAAUAUCUAAUGGUAUGAUUUUCUUGCCUAUAUUAUGUUUAAUUUAUAUGCAAUAUUUUGUAAAAUCAUUUCUAUCCGGGUAAAAAUAUUUGGCCGAAAUCAUCGAAUUUUGUUAGAUGAGAUCGAUAUUUGGUCGACAACCCGCCGAAAUUUUAUGAUUCUCAAAAAAUAGACCGAAAAUUGUCUGAUAAAUUGAGUCGGCCUAUUUCCGAUUAUUUUCAGGCCAAGUCAUGAAUGUCAAGUCAUUUUGAUCGACUUUUAUACGUGAAAACUUCCUAUAAAUUAAAAAAAAUGACUGAUCGACAACUCUAGAGCCGCAAAUUGAUAAACAAUCGAUGAAAACAAUUAAUAAACAGUUUGUUUGGCCUAACAUCGUUUAAAAAAGUAAAAAUUCUAUAAAAUAUAUAAAUAUUUUUUUUUACUUAAUACCGACUAUUUUUUAAUCAAGAA